AUAAAUCCACAACUAAUUUACCAUUAUGAUAAAUUGCUAAUGACGCACCAAUAUCUAAUCCAUCAUGAAAGUUACUUUUAAAUAUAUCACGUACAAAUUCCCAGUUAGAAUUUUCAAUUGUUCCAUCGAUAUUAUAAUUAUUAUCAUUUAAAACUUGUUUACAUUCAAAUUUUGAAUGAACCAUAAAAAAUAUGACAAGUAAAAUCGUAUAAAAAUGCGUCAUUUUAUAAGAAGACCUUGUAAUCGAACGAAAAUGUCAUAUUCCUAUCAUACUAGAACUAUAUAUAUGCAAAGAAAUGAAAAAAAAUGUAAUAGAAGAAUCUUGUUAUCUGCGCAAAUAUUACUUUUACGUUACAUAAAAAUUGCUCACAUCGCGCAAUGCGAACUGUUAAAAACUAUAAGAGUGAUGUAGAGGAAGAGUCACAUAGCUAAUAACUGUUUAAUACAAUGAUAUUAACAGUCUAUAGUCAAAGUCACUUUUUAAAAAGUUUAGCAGCCUGAAUCACGUGUGAAUGGAGCUCUUUAUCUUAGUGACUCUUCUUUUGUUCCGUGAGAAAGAAACAUACUGUGAUAUAGUAAAAACUUAUAAUUUUCUGCUCUCUGCUUUCUCUUACUCUCUUCAUUACAAGUGACAGACAGUCGAGUAGAAAUAAAGUUCUGUUUAAUUCGGAAACGUGCGCCAGUUAUACCGAAUAAUUACAAUGUAUAAGUAGUAAAACCUGAAAAGCAACGGUAUAUGAUGCGUUCUUAAUUACAUCGUCACAUUUCGUACUUAUACUUCGACGCGUGUUAGAGGGUUUAAUCUACGCUAAGGUACUUAUUAAUAGUUCUCAGGUGUCUAGCAUGUUGAAUUGAUACUUAGACUUAUUAGACGUCUACUGUCUACAAGUUGUACACUGUGUACGCCUAAGCGAUAUGCGAGAUUCAACAACGUUCUAGACGCUGGCACUGAUGGGACCCAAUAAUCAUGGAUCUUCCACCUUUCUUAGAGAGUGUUUAUCGAAGCUACUUAGCCUGUCAAUCACACUUGUGCUCGUUUUAUUUCUACUGGGUUAUAUCUCUCACAAUGGAAUCUGGCUGACAUAAGCCCAGCUGAUAAAUAUCGUCGAAUAUCUUUACUUUUCAUUCCCAGUACAGUGCUAGAACACUUCAUUUACGAUCAAUUACUGAAUACACUAUUUAAACAAACUUAAGUUCUUUUUUUCAGAAUAUCAUGUGAUAAUAAAACAGUUUUAACGUAGUUUGUAGACCGAUCAAUUGUUUACAAAAUGAACUACAAUAUUAAUACCACCAGAAUUAGCAUCAUUCAUCAAGUUUUCAAAACUUUAGUUUUGACUCAGACUAUUUCAUUCUCAAAGAAAACUGAUAUUGAAGUUUUAUACACAGUAUUAACAUGUUGAAAGCAGUGUGCUGUUGGCUUUGUGUAGUGUAUUGAAGAAUGUUUCUAUUGAACGAUAGAGUCUAAUAGAUGAAAAUUCAAGAUAGCAAUAAUUCACUUGGUAUGCAUAGGGAGAGAAAUUUAUGCUCUGAGUUCCUUGUAAUACUCUCAAUGCAGAGGAAGUUUCGACCUAGCAGACUAGAUAUGACGCCGCUGAUAAACGAUGUAACUUUUGCAAUGUUUGUAUGGAUUACUUACGUACUUAAAACGGUCGUGUUUUUCGUUUUCAUUUUCCUAAUUGACACUGGCGGCAUAAAGUAUUAUAAAGAAACUUAAGUUGUAGCAGGUGGUCGAAAUUUCAAAAGUAAACAUUACGGCGUCUUUUAAUGAUCAUCUUUGCCUCACAUGCAUUUAUCAAGCAGCCUAAUGAUGUUGCGUUAAUAUGUGUUAUGUAUAUAUUCAAAUUAAGCCUGAAAACUAAAAACAUGUGAAGGAUGUAAUUUAACAGACAGUGUUAAACGACCUUUUUGUGUUUAAAACCUGGAAUAGAAUGUUUAACGUAUAAUGCUAACACUCAUUAGGCAUUAAUUAAAUCGAAAAAGAAAAACUAUCGCAACUGGGAUGCCUCCAGUGUUUUCAAGUGAAGGUUUUGUUCAGAAACGCGCAGAAACAUGUCGUAGAACAUCACCAAUAUCAGUUUUCUUUGAGAAUGAAUUAGUCUGAGUCAAAACUAAAGUUUUGAAAACUUGAUGAAUGAUGCUAAUUCUGGUGGUAUUAAUAUUGUAGUUCAUUUUGUAAACAAUUGAUCGGUCUACAAACUACGUUAAAACUGUUUUAUUAUCACAUGGUUUGACUAUGUGGUAGCUAUCUUACUGAAAGAAAUCAAGUGUUUUAACCUAACAAAUUUCAAUAAGUUGAAUUUUUUUUGGCCAUUAACUUAUGACUUGAGCCUCUUGCCGCUAGCCUAACUUGUACAGGUUUUCUGGUCGUUCGAUUCAUGCGUAACUCGGAUUUUUAAAAUAGAGAACAAAACAAGAAAAAAUUAAAAUAUGAUAAAAGUCUACUUUUUCGAUUAUUUUUCGAUGCUUUUUGUAUGAAAAUCGAUAACUCACUCAUUUUUAGGCUCUAAGGUUUAACAACUUGGGUUUAUGGGUAACUUUGAACGCUCUAUUUAAUGAGAUCAUAAGAAACCGUUUUAGUGUUGAUCUCUUUGGAGGAUUCUUAGUCAUAUACUUAGGGUAGGAUCGGCAGGUAUAUUAGGAUAUCAUUUGUAUUGAUACAGGGUGGUCCACAGAAAACUUACCCCUUUUUGUAAUGGUCUUUCUAUAGCUUUAGAAUUCAAUUUUUGAUCCGAUUCUUUUUGCGAUAGAAAGAGCUGCCCAGUAUGACUGUUUAUAUUUUUGAAAAGAUUCCACCAUAAGCGGAGACUAAAAAAGAUUUAUUAAAUAUGAAGUGUAUGCUGGAACGGCACAUCUUCACCAGGAAGCAAAAAAGGCGCUGUAAGACAACCGCUGUUAGCUUGAAGUUUGUUGUGGUUUUCGAGUUCCUAGUAUUUUCUUAAUGAAGAAAAGAAUUCCGCAUAAUUUCUUGGUUAUUUUUUAAAGAUCUUUUUUAUUUUCACACGAUCUUUUAAGCUUAGUGCUAAUUGGUGUUAUAUGCCUCUUCAUUAUACUGUACUUUAUAUCUUAUUAAGAAAGCAAAAUUUAUCAAUCAUUUAGCAAUUUAAAAGCUCUAUCUGCUGAAUAUAAUCGAUCGUGAUUAAAGCUAAUUCAAGUGGUAAAAUAGUGAAAUUCAUACCACACACCUCUUUAUGCAAAAUAUGGAAUACUGUUGUUGUAUGAACACUCUAUAACAGUAUCAAUAAUUCCAAAUACGUAUACGUUACUUAAGCUGUGAACACUUAUAAGUACAGUCUGAAAAUUUACAGUCAAAGUAGUGUUUCGUCGUUGAGUUAUUGAAUUUUUAUAGGAAAGUUGAAAAACAGCAACAAACAUUUUGUUCUAGCACAUAUUCAUAUUUAAUAAAUCUUUUUUAGUCUCUGCUUAUGGUGGAAUCUUUUCAAAAAUAUAAACAGUUCUACUGAGCAGCUUUUUUUCAGCUCUUUCUAUCGCAAAAGAAUCGGAUCAAAAAUUGAAUUCUAGAGCUAUAUUGAUUGUAUAUUGAAACAGAUGCAAAGGAUAUUUGGAAAAAUAAUCCAGCUAAAAAUGGUCACGGUACAGAUCGGAGUGGAAAAGGAAAUAAAGGAGAAGAUGGAUCUGACGGAAAACAUGGAAAAAGUGCAGGACAUGUUUAUGUACUUGCGAAUGAAUUGCCUCCAAUUGAAGUGUCAGCUUAUGGUGGGAAAGGAGGAAGAGGACAAAACGGAGGAAACGGAGCAUCUGGCAUUACAGGUGUCAAUGGGAGAGAUGCGGAUAAACAUGCUAUGAGAAAAAAGUUAGAACGCUCGUGGGCCUUUUAUGGAGGUGCUUUAGGAUUUCGUUAUCGUCGUAUCGGUACUGAUGGUACAGCUGGUGGUUCGGGAGGAGAUGCAGGUUCAGGGGGCUAUUGUGGAGAUGAAGGCGAUUCUGGACUAAAAAGUGACAAUGGUAAGCCAGGUGAACCAGGCGAGGCUGGAAAACAUGGCAGAAAUGGUCUAGAUUAUGUAGCAAUAAGUAAUACGCAAAAAUUUUUAAAGGCUAUGGUUACCUCACGAAAACUAGAUAACCUAAAAGGAGGUCGGCUCCAUUCUGACGACAGAUAUAAGCAUGAAGAAAAGCAAAGGUAUAAACAUUAUUCAAUGCUUUCUAUGAAAGAUGACGAACACAAUCGUAGGUUUCAAAAUAAAUAUACUACUAAAGAUACACAAAAAGGAGCUAGUAUGACAUGUAAACAUAAAGAUCAAGACGUUGUACAGCAAAUUCAUGCUAUAAAUCAUCAACAUGUUUUUCAAGAAACUGCACAAUUUUUUGACAAAUAUUGUAAUCCUCAAAAGUUAGCUUCGUAUCAGCAUUGGUUAGCCCCGAGUUUAAACCAAUUUUUAGAAAAGAUGGCUACCUUGGAAGGUUUGCCUCCUCACAAAGUUCAUACACUUCCAAAUAUCGAGCGUGCUGCUGAGCAAAUUUUAAUUUUGCAAGAAAAAUUUUCGCAAACCAUUAAAGUAGAAAAUCAACGACUUGAUAGUAAAAUAUUAAAUACAGAACAAAUGAAUAUUGGAGUGAUGUUAUUAGCAGAACAGAUAUUGAGUCAAUAUGAUGACUUUUUACAACAGUAUCGAGCAGUUUACCAACAAUUACAGGAUCAAAUUCAGAGAGUAGAUGUUAACCAAUCGGCAACAGGAUUAGAAAUUAGAAGUGUUGAAAUUGCCAAUUUAAGAAGUACUAUUAAUCGAAUUAUUAAUGAGCAAUGUUUUCAUCAACGUCUUGUUGCUUCGCAAAGAUGUGCAGAGGCAUUAAUGGAAAUGACACAAGAAGAACUUUCGAAGUCGCUUCUAGACCGACAGAAUGUUGAAAUUCUAAAAGAGAAUUUGUAUAAACAAGCGUGGAGAAAAUUUUAA